AUGGCAGAGAAGGCGUUCCAUGAAUUCCAGCUUGUCAAUAACCCACCCUCUGGUUCUGAUACUGAUCAAAGUAAUAAUUCAUCUUACAUCUCGGAAUCCAAUCAAGCUAUUAAUUGGAUACCUCUGUCACCUUCAUGGGUCAAAUUGAAUGUUGAUGCAGCUUGGACGAAAGGAACUAAGAAAGGUGGCAUUGGCAAUAUUAUAAGGGAUCAUCUUGGUAUUCCUCUUUUAGCUUAUUCGGUGGGUGUUCUCUGUGAUUUAGCUUUCAUGGCCGAGGCUAUUGCCAUUUGCUCCGGCCUUCUUCUCGCUGCUAAUGGUGGCUUUAAGAAAGUUUUGGUGGAAUCAAACUGUUAUCCUUUAAUCAAGCAAUUAUCCUCUUCUGAUUCGGAGCUUGCCAUUAUCAGUAUUCAUCAUGAUAUUGUUCAACUUCGAAAAUCUUUUGAUGAUUGCUCUUUUUCUUUUGUUCCAAGGACUACCAAUACAGUGGCUGAUACCUUGGCCAGGUCGGCCCUUUCGGUUGAAUCUCCGAUUGUUUGGCCUCUUACCUCUCCUUGGCUUCUUCACCUUUGUGAGAGUGAAGCCAAUGUUUGUGAUGACUCUUUAGUUCAAUAA